AUGGUUCACUUCUUGCACCCGGGCCUUUCGCCCCGGACCAUCGUCUCUCCGGACGCUCGGAAGGAUAUACUAGGCUGCCUCGUGGUGCAGGAGGAGGCAUCUCCCUACUCUUUGGUCAACAUAUGCCUGAACGUCCUGGUUGCUAACCUAGAGAAAUUGUGUUCUGAAAGAUCUGAUGGAACACUUGGUCUUCCGGAACAUUGGAGUUUUCCUCAGGAAUUAGCUGAUCGAUUCGUUGGGAUGAUGACUUGGCAAGGCAAGCUGACUGAUAGAACAGCAAGCAUUUUCCAAAGCAACCGAAUGAAACUGAAGCUGGUCAACAUUCAGAAAGCUAAAAUAUCCACAGCUGCAUUCUUAAAAGCCUUCUGCCAUCACAAACUCAUUGAACUGGAUGCUACUGCAGUACACACUGACCUCUCAAUCCCAGACAUCCUAAGUGGCCUCUGCAGCAAUAGCUGGAUCCAAGGAAACCUCCGACGUCUCAUCCUGGACUCAACAAGCAUCCCUCGAGAUUCAAGACUCUUGUUCUUUGGCCAGCUUACUGGUCUUCGUGUUUUAAGCGUUUUCAACGUUUGUUUUCAUAGUGAAGACCUGGCUCAUGUUUCGCAGUUACCCAAACUGGAAAGCUUGGAUAUCUCUAAUACUCUGGUCACUAACAUCUCUGCACUGCUUACCUGUAAGGAUCGACUCCGAUCUCUUACAAUGCACUAUCUAAAAUGUCUGACCAUGACCAAACCACAGAUUCUUGCAGUCAUUAGAGAACUUAAAUGUCUGCUUCACCUUGAUAUUUCUGAUCACAGGCAACUCAAGUCAGAUCUAGCUUUUCAUUUGCUACAGCAGAAAGAUAUUCUGCCUAAUAUUGAGUCCCUGGACAUUUCUGGGGGUAGUUACAUCACUGAUGGAGCUGUAGAACUAUUUAUACAACAACGGCCUGCGAUGCAAUUUGUGGGACUGUUGGCUACAGAUGCUGGUUAUUCUGACUUCUUUGCUGCAAAGGAAGGCUUGAGGGUUGCUGGAGGAGCCAAUAUAAGUCAGAUUUCCGAAGCGCUGAGCUGCUACAGGAAUAGAUCGUGUUUUGUGAAGGAAGCCCUCUACAGGCUCUUCACAGAGACGUUUUCAACGCAAGUAACCAUGCCUGCUAUUUUAAAGCUUGUGGCUGUAGGAAUGAGGAAUCAUCCGCUGGAUUUGCCAGUGCAGUUCACAGCUAGUGCUUGUGCCCUCAACCUCACACGCCAGGGCCUGGCCAGGGGCAUGCCUGUUCGUCUGUUGUCCGAGGUUACCUGUCUACUUUUCCAGGCUUUGAAAACUUUCCCCCAUUACCAGCAGUUACAGAAGAAUUGUCUUCUCUCCUUAACCAAUUCCAGGAUUCUUGUGGAUGUUCCAUUCAACAGGUUCGAUGCUGCCAAGUUUGUUAUGAGAUGGCUCUGUAAGCAUGAAAGCCCCAAGAUGCAAGCCAUGGCAGUGAGCAUAACCUCCAUUCUAGCCCUGCAGCUCUCACCUGAGCAAACUGCACAACUCAAAGAGGAGGUUUUCAUGGCAGUUAAGGAACUUCUAGCAAUAGUAAAACAGAAGACUGCUGAGAAUCUAGAUGACGUCACCCUCUUGUUUACUUUGAAAGCACUUUGGAAUCUUACAGAACAGUCUCCAGCUGCUUGUAGGCACUUUAUUGAAAAUCAAGGAUUGGCAAUCUUCAUCCAAGUCUUGGAGACUUUUUCAGAGACAGCAAUACAAAGCAAAGUACUUGGUCUUUUGAACAAUGUAGCUGAAGUCAGAGAACUCUUUUCCAAGUUGAUUACUGAAGAUGUGGUAAAGCAUAUCAGCAGCUUGCUCCAUAGCAAGGAAUUGGAAGUCAGCUAUUUAGCUGCAGGCAUCAUAGCCCACCUGACAUCUGACAAACAGCCCUGGAUAUCCUGUGACCUCCAGAGGACAGCACUUCUCCAGGAUCUGUAUGCAACCAUCCAGAAAUGGCCAAGUUCAAGUUGUAAGAUGACAGCUUUGGUCACUUACAGAUCCUUCAAGGCCUUUUUCCCGCUCCUUGGCAACUUCUCUCAACCAGAGGUUCAACUCUGGGCACUAUGGGCCAUGUAUCAUGUCUGCAGUAAAAACCCCAGCAAAUACUGCAAGAUGUUAGUUGAAGAAGAAGGAUUGCAGCUUUUGUGUGACAUCCGGGAGCACAGUGAGGCAGACCCCCAAGCACAGCAGAUUGCAGCCUCCAUUGUAGAUGACUUCAAAAUGCAUUUUAUGAAUUACCAGAGACCCUCUCUCUGUUGA